AUGUCCAAAGUGGAGUUUACCAACGUUGAGUGCAUUACCCAUGACCCUGAUUUCGCCGAGUUUGACUAUUGCCUACUAAAAUCAGUAAAUCGCACAUAUAAGUAUUUAUCCGUCAAAGUGAAGUUGCUAAAAAAGCCCGUCACCAAAAUAAAAGCUAACGUGUCAAUAUUUCAGAGAUUAAAUGGCUAUAAACCGUUUCUCUACAACGUUACAGUCGAUGCCUGCAAAUAUUUAAAAAACCAGAAAUCUAAUCCAGUUGCUGGUUACAUUUACAGUUUAUUCAGAAGUCACUCCAACAUGAAUCAUUCUUGUCCCUAUGAUCACGAUAUUAUUUUGGACAAACUCAACACCAAUUUUCUAGAUACAAAACUAACAGAUGUUCUUCCAUUUCCUCAUGGCGGUUAUCUUUUUCAUUCCAAUUGGUUUGCCUACGAUAUUAACCGUGCUACUGUCAACAUGUAUCUUACAAUAUCUUGA